UUUUGGGGAAGAAAGAAAUCCAAAACCUGGGUCGCGGAGAUAACCACUGACACCCGGUGAAGAGGCACGCACCCGCGGAUCCGAGCGCGGCGGUGUCGCGCACGGAUUAUUCUGAGGUUUUUCCCCGUUUUUCUUCACUUUGCGGAGAUCCCGGCUCGGAGCGUGUGAUCGUGGGGAGAGCAGGAAUACAAACACCCGGGGGGGAUCACAGAGGAGCGUUCUCCACUCGCUCCUCUCCGCUAACAAGUGACUGCUCCGCCGCUGGAGAAAGUGGAAUAUAGCGGAUUUUUCAUUCUGCUGCCGGGGGGGAUGCGGAGAAAGCGCUUUUUCUUCUGAGGGGAAUACUCACGGAGAGAAGACGGAGUUUGGUUUGAAAAAGCUGCCCCCCGUAAACCAACUACAGGGGGUAGUCUUCCCAAACCCCCUUCUCCCGCUGUAGAAAGUGCCCAGCCGUCCUGCGUGAAGACCCCGGCCUCCCCCGAGAAGUUGGGGCCUCGGCUCUCCAGCCAGGUCAAGGAUCAGUCCCAUUCCCACCCCUCCCUGCCCCCCCCCCAACCCCACCUCUCCUACUGGAGCCAAGAUGGCCACCGACGGUGCCCCUCGCCUCUCCCUGCAACUCCUGCUGCCUGUCACCACUCUGCUGCUAUCACUGCUGCUCACCAGCGCCCACGCCUUAUCACCACCAAGGUUCACGAAGGUGCCCGUCGACCAGAUUGGCGUCUCAGGGGGCGUGGUCUCCUUCGUUUGCCAGGCGACAGGCGACCCCAAGCCCCGGGUGAGCUGGAACAAGAAAGGCAAGAAGGUCAACUCCCAGCGCAUAGAGACCAUCGAGUUUGACGAGGCUGCCGGCGCCGUGCUCCGAAUCCAGCCUCUCCGCGCGCCGCGAGAUGAGAACAUCUACGAAUGCGUAGCCGAGAACAGCGAGGGCGAGAUCACCGUCAAUGCCAAGCUGUCCAUCAUCCGAGAGGACCUGCUCCCAGCCGGCUUCCCCAACAUCGACAUGGGCCCCCAACUGAAAGUGGUGGAGCGCACUCGAACAGCCACCAUGCUGUGUGCUGCCAGUGGCAACCCUGACCCAGAAAUCACCUGGUACAAAGACUUCCUGCCCAUUGACCCCAGUGCAAGUAAUGGGCGAAUCAAGCAGCUACGCUCAGGUGCCUUGCAGAUCGAGAACAGCGAGGAGACGGACCAGGGGAAGUACGAGUGCGUGGCGUCUAACGUGGAAGGCGUGCGCUACUCGUCCCCCGCUAACCUAUAUGUGCGAGUCCGGCGGGUCCCUCCUCGCUUCUCCAUUCCACCGACGAGUCAGGAAAUCAUGCCCGGAGGCAGUGUGAACAUAACGUGCGUUGCGGUGGGGUCGCCCAUGCCUUACGUCAAGUGGAUGCUGAACUCGGAGGAUUUGACGCCAGAGGACGAGAUGCCAGUGGGCAGGAAUGUGCUCGAACUGGGCAGCGUUCGUGAGUCUGCCAACUACACCUGUGUAGCCAUGAGCAGCCUUGGCAUCAUUGAGGCUGUGGCGCAGAUCACCGUCAAAUCUCUCCCCAAGCCUCCAGGUACCCCUGUGGUUACUGAAACCACUGCCACCAGUGUGACCAUCACCUGGGACUCAGGCAAUCCAGACCCAGUGACUUACUAUAUCAUCCAGUACAGGGCAAAGUCCCCAGACAGCAAGUAUGAGACAGUGGAUGAUAUCACCACUACACGUUACAGCAUUGGUGGCCUCUACCCCAACACAGAGUAUGAAAUCCGCGUCUCAGCCGUCAACACAAUUGGCCAGGGUCCUCCCAGUGACCCAGUAGAAACCAGGACUGGAGAACAAGCCCCAGCUAGUCCACCACGGAACAUUCAGGCCCAGAUCAUUUCCCAAAACACCAUGAUGGUGCGCUGGGAAGAACCUGAGGAGCCCAAUGGACAGAUCAAGGGAUACCGGGUUUAUUACACCAUGGACGACUCCCAGCCCAUGAGCCUCUGGCAGAUCCACAAUGUCCAGGACAGCAUCAUCACUACUGUCCAGAGCCUGGUUCCUCAAGAGACUUACACAAUCAAAGUUCUUGCAUUCACUUCUGUAGGCGAUGGACCCUUCUCAGAGCCCAUCCAUGUCAAAGUACUGCAAGGAGUUCCAGGUCAACCGUCCAAAUUCAUGGUUGGUGCUGUGUCUGACACCAGUGUUGAGCUGACCUGGGAACCUGCCUAUGACAAGGAGGGAAUUAUAAAUUAUGAACUUCGCUACUCAGAAGGCAGUUUUGGGACCCCGAUGAAGAAAACCUUUGGACCCACAUCUGCAUUUGUGGUGGAAGGGCUCCGCCCAAACACAGACUACCAAUUCUCCCUGGCAGCCAUUUCAAACAAAGGCAUCGGAGCCUUCACAAAUGACAUAUCGCAGAAGACCCUGCAAGCCAAGCCCUCAGCCCCCCCUCAAGACAUUAAGUGCAGCAGCACCAGCUCCACCUCCCUGCGGGUAAGUUGGCACCCCCCGCCUGUGAAGAGUCAGAACGGGGUCCUGGCGGGGUACCGGGUGCGCUACGAGGUGGUGGGCCCGUCGGAAGGCCACGACGACGAGGCCCCAGACGAGCCGACGGUGCCUGCCACCGAGGAGCAGGUGGAUCUGCAGCGACUGGAGAAGUGGACCCAGUACCACGUCACCGUGUCGGCCCUCACCGUGAUAGGGCCGGGCCCUGAGAGCGAGCCCCUGCUCUGCCGGACAGAUGAAGAUGUUCCGGGGGCUCCUCCGAGGAGUGUGGAGGUGGAGGUCCUCAACUCCACCGCACUUAAGGUGAUGUGGCGCUCCAUGAAGCCAGGCAAGCAGCACGGUCAGAUCCGUGGUUACCAGGUUCACUACGUGCGAGUGGAAAAUGGCGAGUCGAGGGGCCUGCCCCUCAUCAAGGACGUCAUGCUGGCCGAUGCCCAGUGGGAAACGGACGAUACAGCUGAAUAUGAAAUGGUCAUUGGAGGACUCAAGCCAGAGACCACUUACUCCAUCACGGUGGCAGCAUACACCACCAAAGGUGAUGGAGCCCGGAGCAAACCCAAACUGGUGGUGACCAAAGGGGCAGUGCCUGGUGCACCCUAUAUGUCUGUGGCUCAGGAUUCGGAGACAACAGCCGUUGUUCGCUGGGACCCUCCAGAUCUGACCAAUGGCAUGGAUCUGCAGGGUUACCGGCUCCAGUUUGGCCGCAAAGAUGUCUCUCCCUUGGCCACUCUGGAAUUUGCUCCCCAGGAACGACAGUACCCUGUGGGGAACAUUCACCGGGGUGCCACUUAUCUCUUUAAAAUCUCUGCCAAGAGCAGGGGGGGAUUUGGGGAAGAGGCUGUUGUGGAACUCGGUAUGCCUGAGAAUUUGCCAGGCGGCUACCCUCAGAUUAAUGAGGGCUCCAAUGUGACAUGCUGCUCAGUGCAGCUGUCCUGGUCUCCACCAGUGCUGGCAGAGAGGAAUGGGGUAAUCACAGAGUAUACGUUGGCCUAUAAAGAGACUGGUGCCAAAGGAGCACCGCAGGAGCUGCUCUUGGCCCCCAACCUGUCCAACUACGUGCUCAACAGCCUCAAACCGAACUCAGCGUACGAUGUGAAAAUUCGUGCACACACCAGUGUAGGUCCAGGGCCAUACAGCCCUCCUACCCAGUAUCGGACGGUGGCCUUUGAUCCAGCAGAUGUCCCAAAGAAUUUCACAGUCAAAUGGGCCACCAAGACCACAGUGGUUCUGGCGUGGAAGUUUUCUGAAAGCAGAUCUCCAUACAAAUGCACGAUUGAAUACAACCGUCAGAAGAUGGACGUGGAUGCCAGGCUGAUGAGAGUGCUCGUCACUGGACUAAGGCACAACACCACAUAUGAGUUCAGGGUGACCUGCCAAGAAAGCAUGGACGGUGGGCCCAGGCACCGCGUGGUGGCCAGGACCGCGCCACUCAUUCUGGUCAAGAAACCCAAGAUGGACAUCUACGCUGAUCCUGAGAACCUACUCACUAUGUCCUUCCCACCGGUCGAUACCCAGGACAUCAAGAUCUUCUAUGUAGUGGUGGUGCCUCUUAAGAGGACGACGGGAACUGUCAAAAACCUGAAGAACCCCGAUGAAACAGACAUGGAAGAGCUGUUACGGGAUGUGACCCAUAAGCGUCGCUCCCGCCGUCAGCUGGCGCAGCUGGACCAGAGGAAGCCCUUCAUCACGGCGUGCUUCAGGCAGCUGCCCUCCAGCUUCACGGUGGGAUCGGACCACCGCCACAGCAGCUGUGAGAACAAGCCUCUUGAACCAGGCCAGGAGUACGUCUUCUUCCUUCUGGCUGAACUCAACACCACCGCUGGGAAAAUGUUUGCCACCAGCCCUUACACGGACACAGUGAUGACCCCUCAGGGGCCGGGGGACCCCCUGCCAGUAGAGACUGGUGAUGGACUCAUAUGGGUGGUGGGCCCAGUGCUGGCCGUGGUCUUCAUCAUCUGCAUCGUCAUCGCCAUUCUCCUUUACAAAAAUCGCAAGAGAAAAGAGUCGGAGCCGCGCACAAAGUGUCUGCUGAACAACGCAGACAUUACCCCCCACCACCCGACAGACCCUGUGGAGAUGAGACGCAUCAACUUCCAAACUCCAGAUUCUGGUCUGAGCAGUCCUCAGAGUGAAGCAGAUAUUGACUAUGAAAGUAUGAUGAAUCAUCCCCCCAUCCCCAUCUCCGAGCUGGCGGAACACACGGAGCUGCUCAAAGCCAACGACAACCUCAAAAUCUCGCAGGAAUAUGAGUCCAUCGAUCCAGGCCAGCAGUUCACCUGGGAGCACUCCAACCUGGAGGUGAACAAGCCCAAGAACCGCUACGCCAACGUCAUCGCCUACGACCACUCCCGUGUCAUCCUGGCUCCCAUUGACAGUAUCACUGGGAGCGACUACAUUAACGCCAACUACAUCGACGGCUACAGGAAGCAGAACGCCUACAUCGCCACCCAGGGUCCUUUGCCCGAGACGUUCGGGGACUUCUGGAGGAUGGUGUGGGAGCAGAGGGCGGCCACCGUGGUCAUGAUGACCAGGCUGGAGGAGAAGUCACGGAUCAAGUGUGACCAGUACUGGCCCAGUCGAGGCACAGAAACCUAUGGUAUGACCCAAGUCACCCUGCUGGACACGAUAGAGCUGGCCACUUUCUGUGUCCGCACUUUCUCCUUGCACAAGAACGGCUCCAGUGAGAAGCGGGAGGUUCGUCAGUUCCAGUUCACGGCGUGGCCCGACCACGGCGUGCCGGAGUACCCCACCCCGUUCCUGGCCUUCCUCCGUAGAGUGAAGACCUGCAACCCGCCUGAUGCCGGACCCAUCAUAGCCCACUGCAGUGCGGGUGUGGGGCGGACGGGCUGCUUCAUCGUCAUCGAUGCCAUGCUGGAGCGCAUCAAGCACGAGAAGACGGUGGACAUCUACGGCCACGUGACGCUGAUGCGGUCUCAGCGGAACUACAUGGUGCAGACGGAGGACCAGUACAGCUUCAUCCACGAUGCACUGCUGGAGGCGGUGGCCUGCGGCAACACCGAGGUGGCUGCCCGGAGCCUCUACUCCUACAUCCAGAAGCUGGCGCAGGUGGAGAGCGGCGAGCACGUCACCGGCAUGGAGCUGGAGUUCAAGCGUUUGGCCAACUCCAAAGCCCACACGUCGCGCUUCAUCAGUGCCAACCUCCCCUGCAACAAAUUCAAGAAUCGGCUGGUCAACAUCAUGCCCUACGAGACCACACGCGUCUGCCUGCAGCCAAUCAGAGGCCUGGAAGGAUCCGACUACAUCAAUUCCAGUUUCAUCGAUGGAUACAGGCAACAGAAAGCCUACAUCGCCACACAGGGCCCUCUGGCCGAGACUACAGAAGACUUCUGGAGAAUGCUCUGGGAGAACAACUCUACCAUCGUAGUCAUGUUGACCAAACUGAGAGAGAUGGGACGGGAAAAGUGUCACCAAUAUUGGCCUGCUGAGCGCUCUGCCAGGUACCAGUACUUCGUAGUGGACCCCAUGGCCGAGUACAACAUGCCCCAGUACAUCCUACGAGAGUUCAAGGUCACAGACGCCAGGGACGGCCAGUCCAGGACAGUAAGGCAGUUCCAGUUUACCGAUUGGCCAGAGCAAGGCGUCCCCAAAUCCGGGGAGGGCUUCAUCGAUUUCAUUGGCCAGGUUCAUAAAACGAAGGAGCAGUUUGGACAGGAUGGACCAAUCUCCGUCCACUGCAGUGCUGGCGUGGGCCGGACUGGAGUCUUCAUCACCCUCAGCAUCGUGCUGGAGAGGAUGCGCUACGAAGGCGUGGUCGAUAUCUUCCAGACAGUGAAGAUGCUCCGGACACAGAGGCCGGCCAUGGUCCAGACUGAGGAUGAGUACCAAUUCUGCUACCACGCAGCUCUGGAGUACUUAGGAAGCUUUGAUCACUAUGCAACGUAAAAAAGCCAUCUCUCCCACCCCCCAACCCCCAGAAUCCUGUCGCCCCUCCCCCCCACCCCACCCCACAACAGUCUCCUGAGCCAUAGAAACUUUGAAAUUAAACGACGACCUGCAGACCGCAGCCGGUUCAGACACGCCAAACAGGAAUCCCAUGUAGAUGACGCCCAACCAUUCGAUUUUAAAUUCCGACCCGAUUUAACAGACUCUUCUCGAGGAAGCGAGGAAACACUUGCCCAUCAUCAGGAGAGGAGGAUCCUCGUCAGGAGAGGAGAACGGACGCUGUGGCUCAAGAUGGUGGGGCGGGAAUCGAUCAAAGUGUCAGACUGCUUACCUUACCUCAAGUGUUUCAAUGGGGAGGACAUUGUAAACAUUCGUGGACUCUUUCUCUUCUCAAAAAUAUCUCCGUGAUACAACGGCAACAAGCUACAGGUGAUGAGGGAGAAGGCAACAGCGCGAGGCAGAUGGAUGUAGCCGAGACGGGGGGGCUUUCUUGUUUUUUUUAAAUAUGACUGGGUGGAAAAGGGGUUUCUAUCAACACAUGUUGCGAGUGGUGUCCAGAGAAAUGACCAAAAUCCAGGUUUGCCCGUGUGAACACGAAUGGUUCUCCCCCCCGAACUCUGGUCACACAAACAAGAGGGGACGAAACAAAACAUCGAGAAGACGUAAUAGAGCACGGGAACGCCCCCAUGAGAUCUUCAGUUAAACACUGCUCCACCGAUGAUCUGAGUAACACUCAACGGUCACGUACACAUCACGUGACGGCCUGUUCUCGAGGAGCCGGUGUUAGUAGCUGCUGGUGAGAAAGCGGCAACACACACACAGUAUCUUACGCUCAGUUAGUUUCUUGAAUUGUGAACUCGUGCAAAAUCAGUAUCUUAAGCCGGGUGGAGGCCUCAGUGACGUUCUACCACAAUGUAUUUACGGUGAAAAGGUGCCCCAGGAGAAAUCCGGGGGGGGGGGGGGGGGGACGGACGACACCUUGCCUUUGCAGGAAGCUGCGGCCCGAGCUGGGAGAAAUGGCCGCCGUGUCCCAUGAUCUUUUACAAUCACUCCCUCUCUUUGGAACCAUUGCAUCAUCGUCGUGGCCGAGAGAUAAAUCCGGAACGAACGGAACUCCCGAACCAGGAUUGCAGAAAAGGGGCGGGGCUUUCUCUGUGUACAGUGACCAAUGCUCAUCAUCGUUUGGAACUUUCUUUUGUUGGUUUUGUCUUUUAAAGGAAUUUCUCUUUUUAUUUUGUAUCUUGUUUUUUUUUCUGUCAAACCAAACAUGCUGCUUAUCUUGUGUAUGCUGUACGUGUGACUCUUGAGGGAGAGGAAAGUGACAAACAUAAAAAAAAACAAGACGCCAGCUCUGCUCACCGCUCGCUCCCCGGGGCGGAGCGCAUCCACUCGACAUCCUGGUUCCACCGGACUUCUCCAGACCUCCUUCUGUUCCCAGCCUCCUCUAUAAUCAUGUAUUUCAUUGUGUCAGACUCUCGAGAGCGGCGGAGGCCUGUUGCAGUUGCAAAGCUUUACGUUCAUGUGAUUGAAGAAUUGGCCUUUUAGUUCCACUGUAUGUGUUUGGUGACAGUUGGAUAAACAAAAGUAGACGCUUUGCUUUUCUUUAUUUUCUUUCGUCCUCGUUUUAUAGACGAUGUCUCUGUGGGGGACGCGGAUCUCAACGGCCAUGAUGUGAUAAUGAAAUUCUUUGGUACUAAAAACUUUACUUGCACAUCCCGAAGGAAAAACAGAAAAACGAGAAGAAGCUUGAAACAAAAUACCCCCCCAAAAAAACAACUGCAGGUUGACACACUAAUGUCGAUGCCUGUUAGUUUAAAAGAAGAUCGAGCUUUUGAAAUAACCAGGUUUUCAUUUUGAGAUCAGCGCUUUGGUGCGGACGAAGGUUUCCGGUGGUUGUGCACAAAGAGCAAAGGACAGAACUGUGUGUAACCUUUUCUUAUUUCCAAAAAAGCCUUAUUGUUAUUGUAACAUUAUGGAACAUUAAUGUUGUAUUAUGACAACUUAUUUUACAUUACAUAGUUGACUUUUUCUUUUCUUUUUCUUUUCUUUGGUUUAGUUUUUUAACAGAGAUGUUGUAUCACAUUUUUUUGAAUUAGCCGGAGAGGACGAGAUGCUUAUUUGUUCAUAUUACGUUAAAAGACAUUCUAUUUUUUCACUGUAGAAACAUAUAACAUGUCAGUGUGCGUAAGUGUGCAUAUAUGAAUGUAUUUCUAUAUACAUUCAUAAAUGCACACUCACACACAUAUAUAUUUAAAAGCAGAAUAUAAAAAUAUAUCCAGACACUUAGUAUGAAUUCAAUUUUUCUCCUCAUCAUCUUUUUUUUUAUACAAGCCAGUGCUCAUGUUUCAUGGUAUAAUGGGUUUUUUAUUAUUUUAUUUUGUUUGUAAACUCAUUUUAUUUCUAUUCUAAGACCUUGUGUGUUUCUUUAGAGGAAGCAGAGGGUUGAUUAGAACCGACUCCUCUGCCUCCGCUCACCAAUGUUUAACCUCCGCCCUCCGGGUGGAUUCUGUGCCGAUGAGGAGACGCCAUUUUUAAACCUUGCUGAGGUUCUUUAUUUUCAUUAACUUGUAGGCAUUAGUAUUCUUUAGAUUUUUCUUAUUUUAUUUCUGAGCAACUGUUGAUCAACUGGUCUAUAAAAUAUCUAAUCAAAAAUUUCAUAACUGACCUUUUUGACUGUCGUGUACAGACUACGACCCUCAGAGCUUUCAAGGAAGAAUCUAAAGAUCUUUCUCUUUUUGCUUUAACGUUUAUUAUUUUCCGACAUAACGUGGUCAUUCAUUUUGUUAGAUAAACACCUAUGAUCUAGAAUAUACCUGUAAAUAAACAAAUAUAUAGAUUAUAUGUAUUUGUAUCAUUUGACCCAGAAGAUCUCAAACUUUAAAUGGGCCAAGAACUUCAAGGAUGUUGAGGUUCUGCUCAUAUCUGACUUCCUGGUGUUUGUAAAGCCUGUUUUCUCUCCUCCUUUCUCCAGCCCUGCUCCCAAUAGUCUUUAAUUACCUCUCCCUUUAAUUGCUUCAACAUCAGCUAUAAGUUCACCUGUUAAACUGGGAAACUUCCCUCGCCUCAGUGAGGGCAGGAAAUCAGCUUCAGUGAUCUGCUGAGAGGUUCGUCCACUCCAUCUUCUGACCGCUUGAAUUGUUAAUAAAAUGUAAAUUCAAGGGUCGGUUGCAUUUCUCAUUUGUAAAGUGGAAGAGGACUUUUUUUUUGCCCUGGCAUUAGCUUGAGUAAAACCUCUCUGCAACCAGAGGGCUCCAAAAACUCUCAAAACGGAUUGUGUCUAUAUAAUGACACCUCCAAAGUCCUAAGUCCUACAAAAACAGGCGUAGACUCUUAAUUCCUCCACUGCUGUGAGAAGCAGUAGCACCCAAGGGUGUUUCUCAUUCCUUCAGUUUCCCACAAACCCCCUCACAAAGAUUCCCAGCUGCCCAAACUACAGAGUAUGAGACGGAUUUAACCACGGAUACACGAUUGGCUGGUGGAAGAGCGCAGCUCAGCUAAAGGCCAGUCAGUUUCAGUUGUAUAGAAUCAUCUGUGCUUUUUCUUUUUCCGUUCCACCAUAUUUCGUUAUGGGAUGCAGAAAGAAAUCGGGGCUCAAGUGAAACAGAAGCAGUGCGGUGCAACCAACGGAAGCCCAAGACAACCAAAAAAAAACACUUGCUGCAAAUCGUCAUUUUCAGCGAAUCAUUUCUGAACAGUGGGAAACUUCAUACGUUUCACAACGAACUAAAAAUCUAAAACCAACUGAGGACUUCUGGAACCCACUUCUGAAAAGACUGGUUAAAAAAGGGGGGGGGAGUCGUUGGCACUUCAAAACCCGAGGGAAGUCUUUGGAAGCUUGUGCAAUGUGUAAACAAUUCUGACUUCAUGUAAAGAUGCUAGACUUUUGAAAACAGUUUUCCUGGAUUACGUCGCCAAAUAUUUGGGCGUGGGGGGGGGGGACUAACAAACAGAAAAACAUCACUAACAAAAAAAAAAAAAAAAAUGACUUCAAAAAGAGUAGAACAUAAACAGAACAAACCGGCGACAGGAAAAAAAAGAACCGGCAAAAAUUGUCUUUCCUUUGUAUGAAGGCCAAGUGCUAUCACUUUCAAACUGUUAAUUCUAACUGAAACAAUAAUUGGUUUAAAGCCACUGUGUAUGUAGAUAUGUUGACUUUGUAUUAAAGAAAUGUUGUCUGAAAA